AAGAGGCAUUUCGCCCGACAAUGGCUGCACUGCCGCUUUUAUUAGUUAAACUGCUGUUCCUGCAUCAAGUGCUGGCACAAGGCAACAAAGGGUUAGAAAGGGAUAAACAAGAAUUGGGCAAUAACUCAACUCUGUUGGAUGUGCAUGUGAGGCUCUUCAAUGACUUGCUUCAGCGGGACUCGAUGCCUAAGGAUACAGUGGAUAGCAGGCAACCUAGCAGUGCCAACAAAGGACAGAAUGGCGCAAGUGAAUUGGAGAAUAUUUUGUGGCGAGCGGUCGACAACAGCGAAUGGCCAUUGGCGCUAUAUCUUAUGAAUGAAUUCACGGCUAACACAAAAAAUGGCACAGUGCAUUUCAUUGCCUACAAAGUGUUGUGGCGGAAAUUGAAAGCGAAUAAGUUGCACUACGACCCUAAAAAUAUUAUAGAUUUGUAUUUGGCUAUGAAGAAUGUGACCCUGUCUAGACAUGAUAUUUGCCGCUCAGAACGAUUUCGCUCACUUGGGCUAGAAAUUCGUGCAUAUCUCAUCGAACGAAGCGCACAACUACUUGAGGUGCCGUUGCAUGCCGUCAAUUAUAACGCUACAAAUUCCAUCUGUAAUAACGAAACAAGUUACCCCGUGGUACGCCAAGUUCUCAGCCAAUUGGAGCGAUUGAAUGAAGAUAUUUUCGAAGAAAUUUUGAACGUGGCAUUUGACGCUGUGGAAUUACUAGAAAGCAAUAGGAGUGUAGCAGCGGCCCUCAACUGCUUGGGUUUGAACGCCAACCAACGUUUAGUAACACAUUUGGCUUUUUUGAAUAGGAACAAAGACUUUCACUCGCUACUCUACAAUGAUGUUCAACAACUUCUAAGCGAAUGCGAUAUGGGCAAGUUGCCACCAAAGUAUUCGGAGCAAAUCAGUAUUUUCCUGCCGGCAUCUAUGGUGGCGCUGCAAAAUGCCAGCGCUGUUUGUAUUCGCAACACUACGGGAAAUUUCGCUUAUCUAAGCGAAUGCGCACAAACUACUUUGAUGUGCACCUAUUCCAGUGCCUAUAAGUAUCGCUCAGUCUUCGAAGUGGAGCGCCUGCUGGGCAACAAGUAUACAUUCCAUAGUACGUUUUGGAAACGUUUCAUCAAAUUGGAGACCAACUAUCCCAAUGGCAAUGGCUCUGUGCCGGCAUUUAUUAAAAACGUGUACAGCUCAGCACCGCCAAGUGUGUGGCAAGUAUUAUUCGUGGGCAAUAACGUCGCUUUUGUAGACCCCAAUAUGCGUCAAUAUUUGUGUGGCGGCAAUCAGACAAUGUGGAGCCAAUCGGAGCAGCAUGCGUACACUCGUCGGGCGGAGGACUUCCAGCUGUAUCAAAAUGAAUGCCUAUGGCUGAUAGAGGACUGCAGUUAUUUGAUCUGAAUUGUGACGAAAAAAAGUUGGCUUUAUGAAGUUUAAUGAAAUAAAUAUUUUGCAUACCACAAUUACGAUAA